UACAGGUGGCUCAUUUCCCUACAUUAUAAAUAGCCUACUUUGCCCAAACCCAACAUAUCCAAACACUUGGAAAAGCAUCCAAACACUUGAAGAAUGGAAGGAGAGAAUGGUCACUCGGCCUCUUUCAUUAGUCCCAUGAGUCUCAAAGACACCGGCAUGUCACAUAUCCCAACUUGUUACAUUGUUCCCCAAUCACAACGCUCCACUCCUAACCUUAACCUACACCUCACCAACACCCUGCCCAUUGUAGAUUUGGCCUCUUUACACCACAAGUCUCAAAGGCCCAAAGUCAUCGAUGAGAUACGUGCCGCUUGUAGGAAGAUGGGCUUCUUCCAGGUCAUCAAUCAUGGAAUUUCUCCUUUGGUAAUGGAAGGUGCCUUGGAUUCCGCAUCCAAUUUCUUCAACUUGCCGAUCCACGAAAAGAUGCAGCUAGUGUCAGACGAUGUCACCGAGCCGGUGAGGUACGGCACGAGUCUCAACUACGUGAGAGAAGAAAUCCAUUGUUGGAGGGACUUCCUCAAGCACUACUCCCACCCACUCUCCAAAUGGAUCCAUUCAUGGCCCUCCAAUCCGCCCCAAUACAAGGAGAAGAUGGGAGCAUACGCCGAAGCAGUGCAAAAUCUAGCAAUUGAGCUAAUGGAAGCGAUUUUUGAGAGCCUAGGAUUAAAGCCCGCGUACUUAAAAGAAGAGAUGGAAGAAAGCAUGCAAGUGAUGGCUGUGAAUUGCUACCCUGCAUGUCCAGAGCCAGAGCUCACGCUCGGCAUGCCACCACACUCGGAUUACGGUUGCCUAACCAUCUUACUGCAGAAUUGCCAGGCGCUAGAGGUGAUGGACAAGGAAGAGAAAUGGAUGCCGGUCCCGGCGAUCAACGGUGCGCUGUUAGUCCAUGUGGGCGACCACUUGGAGGUCACGAGCAAUGGGAGAUACAAGAGUGUGAUACGUAGGGCUGUUGUGAAUUCGGAGAAGAGGAGGCUCUCCAUAGCCAGCCUUCAUAGCCUGGCCAUAUAUAAGAAGGUGGGCCCAGCAGCGGAGCUCGUGGAUAAACAACACCCAACGGCUUACACUGAGAGUAGCUUCGGUGAUUUCUUGAAAUUCCUGUCCGCCAAUGAUGUGAUGAAGGGAAGGAGAUACAUUGAGACGCUGAAAAUGGUGCAGAACAAAAACAAUGGACGAUGCUGAUGCUGCUUGAUAAAAAAAGAGGGGACCUUCUGUCUGUCUGUCUGUAUGUGGAGUUAUUAAAAUAAGAUAAUUAAGUCCACCAGCCUAUAUACUAUAGAGAUGUUUGAUAGUCAAAGUGGGCCCCACCGUCUAUGUCGCUGGUGGGCCAUUGGAUCGUCCUAUUAUGCACUGAAUAU